AUGGGGUCUCUGUUGGUGUCGGUGUGUCCGGUUCUGAUCGGGUUCUGUCUGGUGUUGCCCCUCUGCGCGACCCAAAAACCGAAGGAGAGGAGAACAGCGAGGCAGGGGGACACGGAGCUCCCGGAGAAGUACGGCGUGUGUGUUCAGGGUCCUCCUGGAGUGCAGGGGCGCGAUGGUAACCCGGGGGUUAACGGUAUCCCUGGUACCCCGGGUAUCCCCGGGCGUGACGGGUUGAAGGGUGAGAAGGGCGAGUGUGUGACGCAGAGGUUCGAGGAACCGUGGAAGCCGAACUACAAGCAGUGCGCGUGGAGCGCUCUCAACUACGGCAUCGACCUCGGCAAGAUCGCGGAGUGCACGUUCACUAAGCAGCGCUCCAACAGCGCCCUGCGGGUGCUCUUCAGCGCCUCUCUCAGGCUGAAGUGUAGGACGGCGUGUUGUGGCCGCUGGUACUUCACCUUUAACGGGGCCGAAUGUUCCGGACCGCUACCUGUCGAGUCCAUUAUCUAUCUGGACCAGGGGAGUCCAGAGCUCAACUCCACCAUCAACAUGCACCGGACGUCCACAGUGGAGGGUCUGUGUGAAGGAAUCGGGGCCGGACUGGUGGAUGUGGGGAUUUGGGUCGGGACCUGCAGUGAUUAUCCCCGCGGUGACGCGUCCACAGGCUGGAACUCCGUAUCCAGAAUGAUCAUCGAGGAACUUCCUAAAUAACUUCAGAUCUCUGUACAGUCAGUGAUUGAUCCCCUGUGUUUAUAUGAACGUGAUUAAUGAAAUAAA